UGUCUCUGUAGCCAACAAAAGCACGACAGAAACUUCAAGCGGCGUCUGAAGAUAUUAACUACUGCAAAGAUGGUGUUGAAAGCUGUCUGUGUGCUGAGAGGAGCUGGAGAGACCACUGGGACUGUUUAUUUUGAGCAGGAGAAUGAUUCCAGCCCUGUGAAGUUGACAGGAGAAAUCAAAGGCCUUACUCCUGGUGAGCAUGGUUUCCAUGUCCAUGCUUUUGGAGACAACACAAACGGGUGCAUCAGUGCAGGGCCUCACUUCAAUCCCCACAACAAGAAUCAUGCCGGUCCUAAUGAUGCAGAGAGGCAUGUUGGAGACCUGGGAAACGUGACUGCAGGAGAAGGUAAUGUUGCGAAAAUUAACAUCACGGACAAGAUAAUCACCCUCACUGGCCAGCACUCCAUCAUUGGCAGAACCAUGGUGAUCCAUGAGAAGGCUGAUGACCUGGGAAAAGGAGGCAACGAAGAAAGUCUAAAGACGGGCAACGCAGGUGGACGUCUGGCCUGUGGAGUCAUCGGCAUUACCCAGUAAACAAUCUGCUCGAACUUGGAGCAGAAGCACUGGAAGCAACUUUCCCCCUGAGCACUUAGCAGGCGCAACAUAGCUACUUGAUGUGACAGUUUGUCCUUUUCAAUACUCUGAGGCUUUUUAUUUACUAACUAGUCAAGAGAGUAGAUGAGCCAUGCUUUACCUCGUCUGUUCCUCACGAUAAUUGUAUGUAUGUGUUUCUAUGUCUGUUCAUCAGUUUUGGUCCCAAAGAAUUGGCAACGCACAAGUAAUAAACUGAUGUACAUGAUUUACAAAGUCUAUCAAUAAAUUAUGAGGUCAUCUGGA